AUGGCAACGGCUAUAGCGAAAUCAAGAAAAGAUGUCAAAAAAGACUACGGAAAAAGCGCCAAAAAAGGUAGUAAAAAGCAAAUAAAAUUUUACAAAAAAUGUGUCAAAAAAGUCAGGGAAAGACUCCGAAAAAAAAGACUACGGAAAAAGCGCCAAAAAAGUAAAAAGUAA